AUUUAAAUGAAAAUGUAAAAUAUGAUUAUGGUAUUGAUGAAAUAGAAGGAUUAUAUGAGCCAUUGGUCAUGCAAUUAAAAAUGAUCAAUUCAACAGAUGAAUGGCCAGAUUUUUAUAUACCAUCACCACCAGCAUUUUGUGAGAUUAAUUUUGAGGAGGAAACAGAUAAAACAGCAGCAAAUUUUCAAAAUAUUUUCAUAGAAUAUUUUUUUAAUAAAG